AUGGGUACACAGAAGCCUGGAGAAUGGGCAAAUUCCCUUAUAGCCAGAUUUGAGGAACAACUUCCUUACAAAACCGGUGCGCAAAAUUUACAUUCCCGAAUCAAUGAAGAACAAUGCAAGGCAUGUUUGGUCAAAAUAAGCCAGCACAGAUUUUCUCUAGUCAUUGCUGGACUGACAAAAAUUUUGCAAAGGGUCAACGAACUCUAUCAACCGACAAUAACAUCAUGCUUAAAUCGUCCUCAAACAGAACUCGAGAAAGGAUACCACGAUAGUCUCGUGAUAGUUCUAGAUACAUUGGAAAUCUGUCUCCGAUCUCAACCGAAGGACACCGCUAAAUAUGAUGAAGCUAUGAAUGUUAAGAUUCUGUUACGAGAAGUCUGUCAGUUCAUUGAUAUCCCCAGUGAGACAAGUGCCCACAACACAAUAUUAAGACAAUUGGCCAGUAAAGUCCUUUUUGCUUUAAGUCCUAACUUUUUUAAUGCCGUCUUCAACAGAAUCAGCGCUAGAUUGCAGGAACUAGCCUCAAGUUCUGAGGAGACUCCAGAUUUUACAGAUAUAGAGCUCAUACAACAUGUUAAUGUUGAUAUAUUAAGACUUAUCCGGCUGCUAAAUGAAUCCAUACAGAAAUUCAAGUUAUUGAGAAAGUCGGCGCAAAUUGUGUUAAUAAUAUCCUUGGAGAAGGCCAUUUGGAAUUGGAUGGACACACAUUCAAAGGAAUUCUCUGAGAUCCAACGUCGUCCACACGAGGAGUUGGGCAACUGUUGUGAUUCAUUGUUUGAUCAGCUCCAAGACAGCUUCAGCGACAACAAGAAGUCUCGCUCCGCUGUGUGGCCGGCACAGAUCAUGCUGUUGUUACUCAACCCGGAAGUUCUGGAGGAGAUAGUUAAUGCGGACAGUGGCGCCCCCUGCAGCCCUCGACACACUAAGAAGAAACAUUUCAUAGAUUCCGUCAAAAGAGGACUAAGUCCUCAAAACAACUCAAAGCAGAUGACCGAAGCGGCCGUCGUGACAUGUGUGAAGCUUUGCAAGGCUUCAACAUAUCUCAAUAUAGCUGACAGUGGUAACGUCACGUUCGUGUUAGUGAAAUCUGUCAUCAAUGACCUAAAGUGGCUGUUAUUCAACCCCAGCAAGCCGUACAGCCGCUCGCCCCCCGGCGGGUACGAACUCGAGCUACUGUCAGAUUGUUUCGUGUCUCUGUUCCGUAUAAUGCCUCACUCGAACGACGCCCUCAAAGUCUGCCUCAACCUGAACACUAAUAUGUCGUAUCAUUACGUGAUUGUCAACUCUCUAUUGAGGAUAAAACAGCAGCCCCAAUUAUUGCCGUGGUGGCCGCAGAUAGAAUUGCUGUACCCCAGAGCGGCGGAGCUAAGGGCCAUGUUCACUGACACACUCAAUAAAGCGACGCAGGGCUACAUAGUCCACACUCCUCUCCGCAUGAUAUCCUUGUCUCUCAAGUCAAAGGAAGUCCAAUCCAAGUUCAAUAAGCCAGAAGAAAUGCCCGCCUACCGCAAUCUACUGCUGUUGCUCGUGAAACUCAUUCACGCUGACCCUAUGUUGAUGUUGAGUAAUCCCGGUCGUUCUGGUGUUGAGAUCCAAUCUUCAACCACGGAGUUAAUCAAUGGGUUAGUGUCGCUGGUUCAUCACACUGGUAUGGGCGAUAUAUCAAGGGCUGCUAUGGACGCUCUGCUGGCGCUUCAUAAACCUGAACGGGUGCAUAUGUGGAACCCUGAAGCACCCUUCAAUACAUUUUGGGACAUCAGCUCCCAAGUUUUGUACAACAUCUGCCAGAAACUGAUCCAAAGGCAGAUAUCCAACUACCGGGAGGUGUUGAGGUGGUUAAGAGACGUGCUGAUAUGUAGGAAUGAGUUCCUCGCUAAACAUAAGGAGUACGCGAACAUUGGGUCGCAGAUACCUAUAUGUAAACAGGCGCAUAUCAAGUUGGAAGUGGUAUUCUUCAUGUGCCUGUGGUCCAUCGACACGGAGGCUGUGUUAGUCGCCAUGUCGUGCUUCGCGCUUCUCUGCCAAGAGGCGGACAUCCGCUGCGGAUCUGACGACAUGACUGUCCACACGCUGCUGCCCAACUACGCCGUGUACCAGGAGAUAGCUCUCACAUCCACCAGCCUCACUAGUGCAGCGAGUCAGGAUAUGUCGAGGGGAUGCUAUAACAAGAACAUACACAGCUCCGCCGCGCUUCAGAAACGAAUAAUGGCGCUGUUGAGGAAGAUUGAGCAUUGUGCUAACGGCGUGCAACCCGUUUGGGAGGAGACAUUUCGAUGCUGGGAUUCCGUAUGCAAGUUGCUUCAGAAGUACCCCAAAGGUUUCGGCGCGGGCGACGAAGCUAUAGAGCCUCUCCACCGAGCAGCCGCCAAGAGACGAGUGUCACACCACACUAGCACGGAACACGAUAUAGAUAUGCAGAUCCAGGAGUGGGCUAAUAUAACAUCGUUCUUAUGCGCGCUGGGCGGAGUGUGUCUACAGAGGCGACCCUCUAUGCUGUGGACCACUGUACACUCACACGAUUCAAGAAAAUAUAACGUCCUCGCAAACAGUUCCCAGGAAGUACAAUACUGUCCAGUCACACAGUUCAUCGGUCAACUACUUCGUCUCCUUCUCUGCAGCAACGAACGUUUCGGUUCCCAAAUACAAUGUCACGUGAAGCAGUUGGUCGGCAAUGAGAUGUCUCCCGCCCUAUACCCGAUACUGUUUGAUCAAAUCAAGGCGAUUGUUGAUAAGUUCUUUGAUCAGCAACAACAGGUGAUGCUUACUGAUAUUAAUACUCAAUUCGUGGAACACACGAUAUUUAUAAUGAAGAGUAUAUUAGACAAUAAGAAGAGCGACCAGCCUUGCGAACAUCUCAGUACUACUUCUAUAGAAGGCCUCAUGCUAGCUAUUGUGAGAUACGUGCGUCACUUGGACAUGACGGUGUUAUCAGUACAUAUAAAGACGAAGCUGUGUCAAGUGGUUGACGCUAUGAUGAGGAGGAGAGACGACCUGGCGUUCAGACAGGAAAUGAAAUUCCGUAACAAAAUGGUGGAAUAUGUAACCGACUGGGUCUUAGGAACUUCACACCAAAUAGCGCCGCCUUUGAGAGCGGACGCUUCAUCCAUCACGAGGGAGUUGGAUCAAGCGUGUAUGGAGGCAGUUGCCGCGCUGCUGAAGGGUCUGCCGCUACAACCCGAAGAAUCUGACAGAGGAGAUCUCAUGGAGGCUAAGAGUCAAUUGUUCCUUAAAUACUUCUCCUUAUUCAUGAAUCUUCUGAACGACUGCAAUGAGGUGGAAGUCACAGAAGGACCGGGUCGUCUAGAAACACUACGGAACGCAACCAUACAAGCCAUGUCGAACCUACUAUCAGCUAAUAUAGACUCAGGACUCAUGCAUAGUAUUGAUCUUGGCUACCACCGCGACCUCCAGACUCGGACGGCCUUCAUGGAGGUGUUGACCAAGAUCCUCCAGCAGGGUACGGAGUUCGACACCCUGGCUGAGACUGUACUGGCUGACCGGUUCGAACAACUCGUACAACUGGUCACUAUGAUCUCCGAUAAGGGUGAGUUGCCCAUCGCGAUGGCUCUAGCGAGCGUGGUGGGCUCCGCUCAGAUGGACGAGUUGGCUCGCGUGCUCGUCUCUCUGUUCGACGCUAAACAUCUGCUGGCGCCGCUGCUGUGGAACAUUUUCUACCGGGAGGUGGAGGUGUGCGCGGUAUCGGACUGUAUGCAGACGUUAUUUCGCGGGAACUCCCUCGGCAGUAAGAUCAUGGCGUUCUGCUUCAAGAUUUACGGCUACGGCUACCUCCAGGGGCUGUUGGAGCCGCUCAUUGGAGCCCUACUGGACCAGGCGGACUGCAGCCCCAGUCUUAGCUUCGAGGUGGACCCAGCCAGAUUGGAUCCCAGUCAAGAUAUAGAAAUCAAUAGGAACAAUCUGCGGGAUCUGACCCGCGAGGUGUUUGAGAGGAUCGUGGGCUCGGCUGACAAGUUCCCCUCACAGCUACGGAGCAUGUGUCAUUGUUUGUAUCAGGCUCAAUUUUGA